GAAUUGCAUUAUUAUGGAAACACAAAGAAAAGAGAAAAAAAAAAUAAAUAAAAAUUAACAAAAAUUAACUGUAAAGUGGUGUGGCAUCCAAAAUGGACAACCUCUCAGUUGAAGCUGGCAUAAUAUUAACCCAGCACUGAUUUUCAGAGGCCUCCAUGUGACAGUGACGGACGGCCAUGUAAACGUGACAAAGAGUAAUAUCAAAUAUUAAAGUGGUAGAUUGUUACGUAUAAACAAGUUAUUAAAUUACAAGUUAAUAAAACUUAAAACUAAAGUCGUUAUCUGAAAUACAUAUACGAUUAUAAAAAAAUAGGAGAUUAAAUCCGAUAUACAGAUUAAAAAAGUUGACAUUUAGGCGGUAUUUUUGAAAAUUAAUAUGACUCCGACUCAAACUCAGCGAUCAACGCCAUGGGAAGUAAUGGCGGCCAAUGCUAUUAAGAAACAACACGGCGAAUGAGCAUUCUGAGAAGCGAGAAUAGAGACGGCGAUAAUGGUAUUCCUAAAAACCUACAGUGGAGGAAGACACUCCGCAACCAAUAUGACAUGAACAAUCUGCAUGAAACAAAUUGGCCAUGCAAUUAUAGGUUACGAAGUGGGGGCGGCAGAUUGUUCCAACAUUUGGUCGCGGCGUAUUUGAAGCUUCCACGAAAGGCUGCAGUACGAUGUGGGUGCACAAGCAGCAAAUAGGAAUUCGCCCUGGUAGAGGUAAUGUCGUCAACUACGGUUGUUCCGAGCUGAUGACAGCGGAGCGCAUCGGAGAGAGGAGCGCCAAGCUGGUGUCUUUCCUGAACCUGGCGGGCCACAGCAAGUACCAACGCACCACGCUCCACGGGCUCACGGGUUACUCCCCGCACUACGCCAUGCUCGUUAUUUCGGCAACAGCCGGUAUAACUCGCAUCACAGAAGAACACAUCGGUCUUCUGCUGGCUUUGGACAUGCCGUUCUUCGCAGUCAUCAACAAAUGUGAACUGGUUAGCAACAUCAAUGCUGUUGUAGCGAGGCUGACUCAAUUGUUGGAACCCGCUAAUAAGAAACCGCUGUUAAUAACUGACGAGAAUAUGGCAAGGAACUGCGUUGCGCCGCAAAAGUCGAUACUGGACAACAUAGACAAUCUAGACGAGGAAAUCAAAAAGGAUGAGGAGGUGGCCGUGUUCCCGGUAAGCUGCGUGCGCGGCGCCGGCCUCAACGCGCUGCACGCGUGCCUGCUGGCGCUGGCUCCGCGCCGCGACCUGCACCGCCCCGAGGACUUGAGUGAACCAUAUGUUGCGCAGUUGACUAGUAUCCUUUUUAUUAAAUUAUAAAUGUUAUAAUUUAUGUCACUUUACAGGAGGCGUGCGAGUUUCAAAUAGACGAAAUUUUCCACGUAGGGUACUCGACGGGGCCCGUCGUGGGGGGACUGCUCGCGCGAGGGCGACUCUACGAGGGCGACGAAAUUAUCAUAGGACCUCUGGAGUCCGGCGAGUUCGCGGAGAUAUCCGUGCGCACGAUAUACCGCAACCGCGUCCCGUGCGGCAGCGUGCGCGCGGGACAGUCGGCGUCGCUGGGCCUGGGGCGCUUUCCGCCGGGACUGCGGCAGGGCAUGUUGCUGCUAGCGCGGCCGGGGGGCUACGCCGCGGGACUAUCAGAACUAGUCCACUCGUCGCAAGCUUCGGAGAAGAAUCAAAAGAACGCGAGGAGACAGAACAAGAAUAUCCUCCAGGACAUCGCCAACGUGAAGAACAGCCUCACGAAGACUUCGGACACGAAGUGCACGAACGUGUACGUGUCGGACGACGGGAGCAAGUACAGCGACGCGCACGUGUCGAGCGACACGCAGGACAAGUGCGUGUGUGACGACCUGGUGUUCCUCGAAGACCCAAACGAC